UCCGUCUCCCAGCCCAGCUGCGCUGCUUUUGAUCAUUCACAUUUCCUCCAAAUGCAUGUUGUCUUUAAUUAAUUGAGUGUCUCGUGGAAAGUGAGGUGGGGGAGACGGGCAGAGAACGGCUAUAGCUACACGAUUAAAAUACAAACCAAGUCUGCUGAGUUUACUGAAUGCAAGUGCUGAAGUGACUAAUAAGCUUUUUUACAGUUAAUGGUUUGCUCUGAGAACAGACACAGGAGCAGAGAUGCAGGGCAUGGAUUUUGAGGAUAAGAAGUCCAAGAGGUACUGCAUGAAGACAAAGCAUGUGGCUGUCAUCUGUGGCGUUGUGGUCAUUGUAGGUCUUGCCGUGGGGCUUGGCGUGGGAUUGAGCAGACCUAAAUCUCAGCAACCUUCAGGAGGAACCGAUCAGCCAACAAGCACUCCUCCCUCAGUGGAUUUGGGUCCCUGUCCUGCUAGAAAUGAUGAGACUGGAGACUGGAUAUAUUUUAGACUACCAACUUAUGUCAAACCUGUCCACUAUGAUCUGGAAAUGAAGCCUGAAAUGGAGCAAGACAACUACACUGGGACAGUCAGUAUUUCUAUUGCUUUGGAAAAAUCUACCAGCUACCUGUGGCUCCACCUGCGAGAGACCAAGAUUACAGAAAUGCCCACACUCCAGAAAUCCUCAGGACAGCAGAUUGCUUUGAACGACUGCUUCGAGUACGAGUCACAAGAGUACAUAGUGAUGAAGGCAGAAGCAGAGCUCUCUGUCACUAAUGAAAAUGAUCCCUAUAUACUCACCCUGAAGUUUCAAGGCUGGCUGAAUGGUUCCCUGGUUGGGUUUUAUAGGACCACCUACACCGAGAACGGAGAGAUCAAGAGCAUUGCAGCUACUGAUCAUGAGCCAACAGAUGCACGGAAAUCAUUUCCUUGCUUUGACGAGCCCAACAAAAAGGCGACUUACAACAUAUCUAUCAUCCAUCAAGACACAUACCAAGCACUUUCAAACAUGCCGGUACAGCAAACCAUACAGCUGGGCGAUGGCUGGAGUCGGACAACUUUUGAGAAGUCAGUUCCCAUGAGCACUUACUUGGUAUGCUUUGCGGUGCACCAGUUUCAGUCAGUAGAGAGAAUAUCCGCCAGUGGAAAACCUCUGAGAGUUUACGCCCAGCCACAGCAAAUACACACAGCAGAAUAUGCAGCAAAUGUAACAAAAAUUAUAUUCGACUUCUUUGAAGAGUACUUUAAUUUGAGUUAUUCUCUUCCAAAACUAGAUGAAAUAGCUAUUCCAGAUUUUGGGACAGGUGCCAUGGAGAACUGGGGGCUGAUCACAUACAGAGAAACAAACCUGCUGUAUGAUCCCAAUGAGUCGGCCACUUCCAACAAACAGAGAGUAGCUGCUGUGGUAGCCCAUGAGCUCGUUCAUCAGUGGUUUGGAAAUAUUGUGACCAUGGACUGGUGGGAUGACUUGUGGUUAAAUGAAGGAUUUGCCAGUUAUUUUGAAUUCCUGGGAGUAAAUGCUUCAGAACCAGAUUGGCAAAUGCUUGAACAGGUUUUAAUUGAUGAUGUGCUUCCUGUAAUGAAUGAUGACUCAUUACUGUCUUCCCACCCAAUUGUGGUCGACGUGUCAUCUCCAGCUGAAAUCACCUCUGUGUUUGAUGGGAUAUCCUACAGUAAGGGUGCAUCGAUCCUCAGAAUGCUUCGAGACUGGAUUACACCAGACCUCUUCCAGAAAGGCUGUCAGGCAUAUUUGAAGAACCACCAUUUCCAAAAUGCCAAGACAGACCAGUUCUGGGAAGCUCUGGAAGAGGCAAGUAAUAAACCUGUGAAGGAAGUCAUGGACACAUGGACUAGGCAGAUGGGUUACCCUGUUUUGGAGAUGGGAAGUAAUUCAGUAUUCACACAGAAACGUUUUCUCUUGGAUCCCAGUGCAAAUGCUUCUUAUCCUGAUUCCGAUUUUGGUUACAAAUGGAAUAUACCAGUGAAAUGGAGACUUGAAAAUUCAAUUAAUUAUACUCUCUACAACACAUCAGAUUCUGAAGGAAUUAUAAUAGCAUCUUCUCCUAACAGUUUUGUGAACAUUAAUCCAGACCACAUUGGAUUCUAUCGGGUGAAUUAUGAUAGUGAAAACUGGGACAUGUUAAGCACUCUUCUGGUCAACAACCACAAAGAUUUUUCAGCUGCUGACCGUGCAGGGAUUUUGGAUGAUGCCUUUUCUUUAGCAAGACCUGGACUCGUGAAUUACUCUGUUCCCCUGGAGCUCACAAAAUACCUAACAAAUGAAACAGACUAUUUACCUUGGCAUAGAGUUAUAUCAUCUGUAUCUUAUCUUGCAAACAUGCUUGAAGAUGAUACAAAUCUCUAUCCUCGAUUUCAGGAAUAUUUUCGCUACCUGGUAAAACCCAUUGUGGAUCAACUGCACUGGAAUGAUUCUGGAGGCCAUUUGGAGAGGCUUCUUCGUGCAUCUGUUCUAGACUUUGCCUGCAGUAUGGAUGACACAGAAUCUUUGAAUAAUGCUUCCCAACUGUUCGAGCAAUGGCUACAAGGACAAACUAUUCCUGCAAAUCUUCGACUCCUGGUAUAUCGCUAUGGGAUGCAGAACUCAGGUAACGAGUCAUCGUGGAAUUAUAUGUUCGAAAAAUACCAAGAAACUUCAUUAGCACAAGAAAAAGAAAAGCUGCUGUAUGGCCUGGCAUCAGUGAAGAACAUCACCCUUUUGGACAGGUAUCUGAAAUAUAUUUACAACACCAGCCUCAUCAAAAGCCAAGAUGUCUUCACAGUCCUGAGAUACAUCUCGUAUAACACCUAUGGGAAAACAAUGACCUGGGACUGGAUACGACUUAACUGGCAGUACUUAGUUGACAGAUUCACUAUUAAUGACAGAAAUCUUGGUCGGAUAGUAACUAUUACCCAAACCUUCAACACUGAGCUCCAGCUUUGGCAGAUGGAAAAUUUCUUUGAGAAAUAUCCUGAUGCUGGGGCAGGCGAAUCGCCCAGGAGUCAGUCAAUUGAGCAGGUGAAGAACAACAUUGAAUGGCUUGAAGUAAACAAGGAGGAAAUACACACGUGGCUAGAAGCGCGGCUGGGCCCCUAAAGUCUUACUUUGUUAAAAAUACAAGGCACUCAUUCUGUGCCUUCAGAUCCUCUGAGAUAUUUAGCAAUGUGGAUUUCUCACCUAGGUACCUUAGAGGACCAAAGGCUGGUAUUUUUUCUACACUCAGGAGACGACUGC